AUGCACGUCCCCGCGCCCCACCUCCUCCCCGCGCCGCCCAAGCCGCACUGCCAUGCCGCGCUCCGCUUCACCGUGUCCGCGUCCGCCGAGCCGAAGGGCCCCGCGGCCGCCCGCAAGGCCGUCAUUGUCGGCGGCGGGCUCGCGGGCCUGGCCGCGGCGACGCACCUGACGUCGCUCUCCGUGCCGUUCACGCUCGUCGAGGCCUCGGACCGCCUCGGCGGCCGCGUCGCCACCGACGUGGUGGAGGGGUACCGCCUGGACAGGGGCUUCCAGAUCUUCCUCACAGCGUACCCGGAGUGCCGGCGCCUCCUCGACUUCCCGGCGCUCAGGCUCCGGCCGUUCUACCCCGGCGCGCUCGUCUUCGUCGGCGCCGGGGAGCCGUUCUACCUGCUCUCCGACCCGUUCCGCCUCCCGCUCCAGUCCCUAUCCGCGGUGUUCUCCCCCGUGGGCACCCUCUCCGACAAGGUCCUCGUCGGGCUCACGCGCCUCCGCGCGGCCGCCACCCCGGACGACGUCAUCCUCUCGGCGCCAGAGACGACCACGGGGGAGCACCUGACGCAGCUCGGGUUCUCGUCCUCCAUCGUGGACCGGUUCCUGCGGCCGUUCCUCGCCGGGAUAUUCUUCGACCCGGCGCUCGACACGUCGUCCCGCCUCUUCGAGCUCGUGUUCAAGCGCCUCGCCCUCGGCGACAACGCCCUGCCGGAGGACGGUAUCGGCGCCAUUGCGGAGCAGCUCGCGGCUCGUCUCCCCGCGGGCACCGUCCGCCUCAACACCCGCGCCGUCGCCAUCGACCAGUCCGGUGUGACGCUGGACACCGGCGAAACCAUCCCCGGCGACCUCGGCGUCAUCGUCGCUGUCGAGCAGCCACAGGCCGAGAAGCUCCUGCCGCAGCUAUCAAAUCAAGAAAAGGCCAAGAAAUCGGAGAGGAGCACCGUGUGCCUCUACUUCUCCACCGACCGGGCGCCGGUCCAGGACCCCAUCCUGCUGCUCAACGGGUCGGGCAAGGGCAUCGUGAACAACAUGUUCUUCGCGACCAACGUGGCGCCGUCGUACGCGCCGGCGGGCAAGGUGCUGGUGUCCGUGUCCCUCGUCGGCUCGUUCGCCGACAGGGAGGACGCCGAUCUGGCCGACGAAGUGGUCCGUGAGCUCGGCGGGUGGUUCAGCCCCGGAGAGGUCGCGUCGUGGACGCACUUGAGGACGUAUCGCAUCGGGUUCGCGCAGCCGGACCAGACGCCGCCCACGACACCGGCGGGGAGGGACCCGAGAGUGGGUGACGGAUUGUACGUGUGCGGUGACCACUGGUGCUCGUCCACGUUCGACGGCGCGCUCGUGUCCGGAAGGAGGGCGGCCGAGGCUCUGGCCAAGGACAGGGGACUAUGCUCUUCCUAA